GAACAGCCCUCGUCUUCGUACUCUUAGAGUGGUUUAAAACGAUUCGGUAGGUUUCAGUUAUAGAAAGCCGUGGUACAACCAUCAUGGGCCCGUUUGUUCCUAGAGACGAGCAGGUGGGCGGUUUUGGAGUAACGAAGAUGGGCGGUCUUCUUGACCAGUGCGUACGUGGUCCGCUAACUCGUCGCGAUCCACUCCACCAAUCAGUAAAACCCGUUGCCGUUCCCUCACCUCACACCACACGAGAGAACGGGAUUUUGUGAGAUCUGGGACGGCUGGGACGGCUGGGACGGCAGGGACGGGCGAGACGGGCGAGACGGGCGAGACGGGCGAGACGCGAGGCGGCCACCGAGGGGCGGCGUCAACUUGAAAAGGCGGCGCAGAAGACGGCGCAGAAGACGGCGCUGCGAUUCCGACCGUUCCCGAGCUGACCUCCUAUUCCAGCGUGGCGCUAUUGGAUCCGCGCUUCGAGCUCUUCUGGUCCGUCAACAGCAGCGACGCGACCAUCCACGUGGCGGCUAGAGCGCAAACGGCGGGAUGGCUCGCUAUAGGCAUCUCCGAGAUUGGAUCCAUGGUUGGAUCAGACGCGCUUGUGGCUUGGGUGGCGGAGACCGAAGGUCGCGUGUAUGCGACGGACCGAUUCAUCUUCGACAAGUCCGGCCCAGCAUUGGACGCCCAGCAGGACUGGCACGUGCUGGGCGGCAGCCAGGCCACCAACCAAUCCACGGGCGACACGUGGACCACGGUGCACGCGUGGCGCAAGCUGGACACGGGAGACUGCAACGACCGUCCGAUCGUGCCGGGGAAGCUUCAUAACCUCAUCUGGGCCAUUGGUUCCACGGAUGACGUCAGCUACCAUGGGUCCACCCCUGAGGCUGAUGCUGCUGGGAGGAGGCCGAGAAGUCAGGGGGUUUUGGCUGGACCUCAGCAGCAGCAGCAGCAGGAGAGCAUGCUCAAAUUCACAGUCUCGGGUUACCGCGUGCCGACAAAUCACACCACAUACCAGUGCAAGGUGGUGGACGUGCCUCUGAAGGUCAAGACCCAUGCGGUUGAGUGGGGCGCCGUGCUCAACUCUACCCACAUCUCAGCCGUCCAUCAUGCCUUCCUCUACGGCUGCAAACCGGAAGAGUACGCCAGUCUCCCCCCCGUCGGUCUCGGCUUUGACUGCAUGUACAAGACGCCCUGCAGCACCUUUGUGGCCGUGUGGGCGUGGGGGGGCCGGCCAUUCACAUUCCCCGACAAUAUGCACUACACUAACCCCGAGGCUAUUGAUGACAUCAUCGACAGCUCCGGCAUUUAUCUGAAGCUGGCGCCGGCCCCCACCCUGAUGGACGCGUCCAUUAUGAAAGUCGGCCUCGUGGACCAUCGCGCACUCAUCCGCAUCCCCCCCGGCAUGCCGUCUUGGACGCAAGCAGGCUCUUGCCCCAGCGAGUGCACUGCCUCGGUGUUCAAGAAUGAAAGUGUGAAGCUGAUCGGGUCGAUACUGCACCAACAUAAUAUUGGGAGACAGAUGUACACUGAGGUGAUCAGGGGCGGCAGCGAGGUCGCCACCAUCAACCGCAUUGAUUACUACGACUUUGCAUCCCAGCAGACUGUGCCCGUGCUCCCUGAGUUCGAGCUCCUGCCCGGCGACGAGCUGCGCACCACGUGCGUGUGGGACUCCACCGCCCGUGAAACGGAGACGAAGGGCGGUCUGGCUGCUGAGGAUGAGAUGUGCGUUGACUACCUCGUGUACUACCCGGCUAGACACGGCCAAGAGCAAUACACCCACUCCCUCUCCCACUCCCUCUCCCACUCCCUCUCCCACUCCCACUCCCACUCCCACUCCCACUCCCUCUCCCGCUCCCACUCCCUCUCCCACUCCCUCUCCCGCUCCCACUCCCUCUCCCGCUCCCACUCCCACUCCCACUCCCGCUCCCACUCCCACUCCCACUUCCACUCCCACUCCCACUCCCACACAUGCAUUCAUGCUACGAGCCCCAACCUCUCCACCUUCCACGUCUGUGGCUCGGGCAGCAACAGCCUCAUUCCCUCCAACCAGCGGUGCACGAUCGACUUUGGGGCAAAUAAGCCCCUGUCUGUCGUCAACGGCUGCCCCACACAGACCCAGGCGUCGCUGGCAGGCAUUCCACCUGAGGCCAUAUCUGCACCGCUGGACUCCCCCCUCCUUCCCCACCUGCUGCUGCCCUCUCUCCUCCUGCCCCUGCCUCCCCAUCUCCCCCCACUGCCCUCCCUCCCCUCCUGCAAAUUCACCUGCCACCACCAUUUCUCCUCCUGCCACUGCCCUCUCUGUUCCUGCUGCUGCUGCUGCUGCUGCUUCACCCCCGAUGCCACUGGGAAGGCUGCCCCAGCAACAGUCAGCAAUGUCCUCACUACAGCGGUUAUGGCUUUGCUGUACUCCUUCCUCGCCCUUCUCUUCUAAAUGGAGGCCCAUGCGCCCAAAAUGAGUGUACCAUGUACGGUAGAUUAUUCCAAGUGGUGUAAUUUCUAUUUAUUAUGAUUAUUUCAUACUA